AUGAGGAAGGCUGUGAAAGAAGUAAUGGAUAAACGCAUGACAUUUCGUAAUGCCUGUAUCGAAUUUAAUGUACCUAAAAGCACUCUAGAAAGAAAGAUUAAACAAAAAAACUUAAAUCCUAGUUAUGACACUGGGAACAAAGUGGCAUUAGGACCGAUAUAUAAAGUGUUUUCAACUGCUGAAGAAACUGAACUGGUAUCCUAUCUUCAACUUAUAGAAGGACGUUUAUUUGGACUAACGUCAAUAGAUUUACGAAAAAUUGCAUAUUAGCUUGAACAAUAAAAAAACAAUUUUUUACGAAAAAAAGAAAUUGCUGGGUAUGAUUGGUACAGAUGCUUCAUGGCGAGACAUCCUGAACUAUCACUUAGGAAACCAGAAGCCACUUCAAUUGCACGAGCUAUGGGUUUUAAUAAAGUUGUUGUAAGUACGUUUUAUGAGCUUCUUGGAGGGUUAUUAGAUACAUAUAAGUUUAGUGCUGACCGUAUUUUUAAUUGUGAUGAAACCGGUAUCUCUUCUGUGCCUAAAUGCAAAUCAAAAAUUAUUGCUUCUAAAGGAAGGAAACAAGUAGGCGCUGUGACUUCAGCAGAGCGUGGUGAAACUAUUACGGUUGAGAUAUGUAUGAGUGCAGCAGGUUCUUUUAUGCCACCACUUUUUGUUUUUCCUAGACAACGGCAUAAUUUGGAAUUUAUGCGAAAUGAUCCACCUGGAUCAUUUGCUGAGUUUCAUAAAUCUGGAUGGAUGCAGAAAGAAAUUUUUGAACGCUGGUUAGAAAAGUUUAUAAUUUUUACUAAUGCUUUUAAAGAUAGACCAGUGUUACUCAUACUAGAUGGAUAUUCAACACAUACUAAAAUUGGGUUGUGGGUUAUUUAA